AUGGCAAAGCCUUCUCGCAAUGAAAUCCAUGUCGCCAUCAUUGGUGCCGGCAUUGGUGGCCUCGCUUUGGCCAUGGCUCUGCACAAAAAGGGCAUUUCUUUCACGCUUUAUGAGGAUGCAAAGGAAUAUUCGGCAGUAGGCGCUGGUAUUGGAUUCGCCCCUAAUGGGAUGCGGACGAUGGACCUUAUUGAGCCUGGUUUCCGACCGCUUUACGAGGCCAUUUGCGUAGGAAAUAAGGGCGAGAAAGCACAAGAUAUCUUCUUCGAGGGUAUGCUACUUGAAGAGGGUCUUGGUCGCGAUAAGCCAUGGUAUGGUCAUUCUGGAUGGGGUCACCCUGACUAUAUCCGCAAAUCUGCGCAUCGAAAGACACUCCUCGAUAUCAUGAACAGUUUCAUCCCCAUCGAGAACGUCAAGUUCAAUAAACGCCUCACGAAUAUCGAGCAGCGACCCGACGGUGUCACACUAUCAUUUCUAGAUGGGACAACAGCCGAGUGCUCAGUUCUUGCUGGUGCAGAUGGCAUCAAGAGUACCGUGAGGGCCCAUGUCCUUGAACAAUAUCCCAGCCAGAUCGCGCCCGUGUACGCAGGUGCUUACUGCUAUCGUGCUGUCAUUCCCAUGUCGGAAGCCUACGGGAUCCUUGGUGAUCUAACCGACGUUGCCAAGUUCUACUUCGGACCCAAGCGCAGCGCUGUUACCUAUCGCAUUACAGGAGGUGAUGAGUUCAACUAUCUCCUGUGCGUCGCCGAUUCCCCUGAUGGUUGGAAGCUCAAGGGCGCUGUUACAGAGACCAUCUCCCACGAAGCCAUGAUGGCCGACUUCGAGGGCCCAGGCGUUGACGAUCGCUUCCGACAACUCCUCGCCAAAGCCAAACCCGUCAAAUGGGGUUUCUUUCACCAUUUCCGCACAGCAUCAUACUACCGAGAUCGGGUAGCUCUAGUCGGCGACAGUGCCCACGCCUCGCUACCUUUCCAAGCCGCCGGAGCAGCCCAAGGCCUAGAAGAUGCCCUGGUCCUCUCCAACGUUCUCGCAGAAGUUGCCAAGAUUCCCGAGCGUGGUGCAGAGCUGGCACCCUUUAUCCAAGCAGGACUUUCUGCCUACGAUUCCGUGAGACGUCCUCGUGCACAGAAGCAAUUGGAGCAAGCCGCUGAAGUUGGCCGUAUGAUUUUCUUUCAACAUGAAGAGGCUGGUGAUGAUAUGGAUAAGAUUCUGCCUAGGCUGCAGCAGGGAAGGUUCAAUUGGUUGUGGUUUCAUGAUAUGAACGAUGAUGCACAGGAGGCUGUUAAGAGGAUGCAGAAGGAAAUUAGUGUAGGUGGGCCUUCUGUUGCUAGGAUAUGA